AUGAAGGCUGCCCGCUCUGCACUUUCAGUUCUGUGUUCUGGUUUGCAACUUGGCCGAAAGUGCGGUAUUCGGCAUUACAAGAUAGCACUAGAGUGUCGACUUCCAUUUCCUGGCGUUGGACAUAAUUUUUCUGUUUUUCUUCAUUCUUUUGAAGACAAACAACAUGAAGUUGAAAUCCCUUCUCCAACACAGAAAGAGAAAGAGAAAAAGAAGAGGCCAAUGUCACAGAUCAGUGGAGUUAAAAAACUGAUGCACAGCUCCAGUUUAACUAAUUCCAGUAUUCCCAGGUUUGGAGUUAAAACAGAUCAAGAAGAUGUUCUUGCCAAGGAACUAGAAGAUGUAAACAAAUGGGGCCUUCAGGUUUUCCGAGUAGCAGAAUUAUCUGGAAACAGACCUUUUACAGUCAUCAUGCACACCAUUUUUCAGGAACGGGAUUUGUUAAAAACUUUUAAAAUUCCAGUAGACACUUUAAUAACUUACUUGAUGACUCUAGAAGAUCAUUACCAUGCAGAUGUGGCAUAUCACAAUAAUAUACAUGCUGCAGAUGUUGUUCAGUCAACCCAUGUCCUGCUAUCAACCCCAGCGCUGGAGGCAGUGUUCACUGACUUGGAGAUUCUUGCAGCAAUUUUUGCCAGUGCAAUACAUGAUGUAGAUCAUCCGGGGGUUUCAAACCAGUUUCUUAUCAACACAAAUUCUGAACUCGCCUUGAUGUACAAUGACUCAUCAGUCCUGGAGAAUCACCACAUAGCUGUGGGCUUCAAGCUGCUGCAGGAAGAGAAUUGUGAUAUUUUCCAGAAUUUGACCAAAAAACAGAGGCAAUCAUUGAGGAAAAUGGUCAUUGACAUUGUACUUGCAACAGACAUGUCUAAACAUAUGAAUCUAUUGGCUGAUUUGAAAACUAUGGUUGAAACCAAAAAAGUGACAAGUUCUGGUGUCCUACUUCUUGAUAACUAUUCAGACAGGAUUCAGGUUCUUCAGAAUAUGGUGCACUGUGCAGAUCUAAGCAAUCCAACCAAGCCACUCCAUCUGUACCGCCAGUGGACAGACAGAAUAAUGGAGGAAUUCUUCCGUCAAGGAGAUAGAGAAAGAGAGAGGGGAAUGGAGAUAAGUCCCAUGUGUGAUAAGCACAAUGCGUCAGUAGAAAAAUCACAGGUGGGGUUUAUAGACUACAUUGUUCAUCCUCUGUGGGAGACAUGGGCAGAUCUUGUUCACCCGGAUGCCCAGGAUAUCCUAGAUACAUUGGAGGACAAUCGAGAAUGGUACCAGAGCACAAUCCCUCAAAGUCCCUCUCCUGCACCUGAUGACCAGGAAGAGGGUAGGCAGGGCCAAACUGAAAAAUUCCAGUUUGAACUAACCCUGGAGGAAGAUGGUGAGUCAGACACCGAAAAGGACAGUGGGAGUCAGGUAGAAGAAGACACCAGCUGCAGUGACUCCAAGACUCUUUGCACCCAGGAUUCAGAAUCCACCGAAAUUCCUCUUGAUGAGCAAGUAGGGGAAGAAGUGGAAGAGGAGGAGAACCCGACAGAACCCUGUGUAGUAGAAGACCGUUUUCCUGAUACGUAACGAUGAAGAUGCAGUCUCUUUCUCUGUUGCUCUCUCCCAUUCUCUUUCUCUCUGUCAUUUUUUUUUUAAUUAGAAAAGGUUUCCAAAGGUUGUCAUGUGCUAUAACCAUGAUCACAACUCACUGUCAUCUGCCAGGACGUUUGUUGAUCAAAACUGACCUUGAUGACCCAGUUUGGCACUCAGGAAUAUUGUAACCAGAAUUUUCACCUCCAUAGCAUCAGAAAGCAGGGGGAAGAACAUCCAUAAACUACAUUUUAACAAGUUCUCCAUUUGGCAGAUUUGGUUAAAUAAAGCAAAUAUUUUCAGAUGAGUACCA